AUGCCUGCUUCUCACCGUCGUGGUCCUUGGGUCCCCGAGGAAGAUCAACUCCUCACCCAACUGGUCCGUGAACAAGGCCCAAACAACUGGGUCCGCAUCUCGCAGCACAUGCACUACCGUUCGCCCAAGCAAUGUCGCGAGCGUUUCCACCAAAAUCUCAAGCCCUCAUUGAACAGGGAACCCAUCUCCGCCGAUGAGGGUCUGAUGAUUGAGCGCAUGGUCAACGAAAUGGGAAAGCGCUGGGCUGAAAUCGCCCGCCGUCUGGGAAACCGCAGCGACAACGCGGUGAAGAACUGGUGGAAUGGCAGCAUGAACCGCAAAAAGCGCGGCCUGUCUACCCCCACCACUUCCCGCACGUACUCUGGCCGCAUCGAGGCUCCCUACACCCGCGCCUCAGCGAUGAGCCCAACCCGCUCCCGCUUCUCUGUGUCUUCUUCUCGUCCUUCCUGGUCCGAGUCCAUCGAAUCCGCUAUCUCUGAACAAUACUCCCACUCUCGCCGAGAGUCCCUGGCUUCUCCAGCCCGUCAACUCUCCCCCAUCUACACUCUUCCCUCCAUCAACCGACCGAUCGAAACUCCCCUCAUCUCGCCUGCUUUCUCAGAGGCCUCCAACGCCACUUCCUGCGAGCCACCCUCCAUGGUCUCGGAUCACAACUCUGUCUGCUCUUCUUCGCCCCGCACUCUUCCUUCCCCGCAACUCCUGCCGCUGCCAGUCGACCUACGUUCGCAGUAUGAGAUUCGGAGGCCCAGCGUGCAUGUCCUAGAGGACUCGCCUACCUAUCCAGCUCGCUCUCUAGAGUCGCUGUCAGAAAUCGCCUCAACGCAGCGAUGGAUGGGCCACCAGCCUACCCUGGCUUCAUGGCACCAGCCUAUGGACUUGCCUAAGCCUUGGAUCCCUAGACCGGAGCCUGCUCGUGACAUCCGCAUGGGAGUGAACAACUUGCUCAACUAA